AUGGACGGGAGCCCCUGGGCCGAGGCCGGCCUCGGGGACCGGCCCUGGCCGGGCUUCGACGAGUCCUUCUUCGGCUGCGCCGUGGCCCUGGCGCCGGCGGUCGACGGGUCCGGCGACGCGGACCUCGUCGUCGGGACCUGCGGCAACGAGGACACGGGCGCCGCGGACGUCGAGGACGACGACGUCGCGCGGAACGUCGAGACGUCGCCGAGCGGGCCCGCCUACGUCUACCGCGGGGGCCGGGGCGCCUGGACCUUGUCGCACGCGCUCUACGCGGCGGAGACGGACCGCGACGACGCGCACGGCCAGGCCGUCGCCCUCGCGGGCGACCUCUGCGGCGUCGGCGCGUGGAACGUCGACAACUACGGCGCCGUCUACGUGUACUCGCGGUCGCAAGACUACGCGCACAUCUCGACGAUCGAGUCGCCGGCCGGGUCCGCGGACCGCUUCGGCGAGGCCUUUGGCUUCAGCCGCGGCGGCUCGGCGAUCUUCGCGGCCGUCGGCGCGCCGUCGCGCGACGUCGGCGACGACAUGGCCGUCGGCUACGCCUACGUCUUCGCGAGCGUCGACGCGGGCGCGACCUGGACGCACACGUCGACGCUCACGGCGCGCAAGUUCCGGGCCUUCGAGCGCUUCGGCCUGUCCGUCGCGGUCGCGGAGCACGUCGUCGUCGUCGGCGGCCGCGACGACGCGAUCUACGUCUUCCGCCGCGAGGACGAGGGCGACCCCAUGGGCGCGUGGACGCUCUCGCAGACCAUCGAGAACAUCGGCAGCGAGGAUGCCCUCUUCGGGUCGCGGGUCGCCGUCGACGCCGCGGGGUCGCUGCUGGCCGCGGGCGCGAUGCGGAACUCGCAGGGCCGCGACGAGGCGGGCGCCGUCUUCGUCUUCCAGUCCACGGACGAGGGCCGCACGUGGGCGCGCACGGACUCGCUCAAGGUCGAGGAGCCGGAGCACCUCGACUUCUUCGGGGCGUCCGUGGCCGUGUCGCCGGAGAACGUCAAGGCCGUCGUCGCGGGCUGCGUCGCCGGCGGGACGCAGUACGAGUACCUCGCGGGCAAGAUCACGUCGACCGGCCCGGGCUUCGCGGACUUCGCGCGCGUCCAGCUCACGAGCGGCGGCGUCAUCCUCGCGGACGACGCGACGGGCGCGGACGGCGACGCGCUCGGGCGCGCGGUCGCCGUCGGCGGGUCGUCCAACGACGUCGCGGCCGUCGCGGGAACGGGCGGCGCGCACGUCUACCGCGGCGACGCGACGUACACCAGUUGGACCUGGGUCCACGCGCGGACCACGGCCGGGCCCGCCGCCGUCGCCGUCGCCGGGGACCUCGUCUUCGUGUCCGAGGACGGCGGCCCGGCCGUCGCGCUCGCCGUCGACGGCUUCGCCGAGGUUUCGCGCUUCGAGUCGGCCGCGGCGGGCUUCGGCGCCGCCGUCGCGGCGGCGACCUUCGGCCUCCAGGGCCGGAGCUACCUCCUGGCGACGACGGGCGGCCGCGAACUCGUGUGCUACGAGAUGACCGCGCCGGCGGCGGCGACGUUCGGCGAAUGGAACGAGACCUCGAUCGCGAACGACGGCGCCGACGACGGCUUCGGCGCCGCCGUCGCGACGGACGGGUCGACGAUCGUCGUCGGCGCGCCCGACGCCGGCGGCGGCGUCGGCGCGGCCCACGUCUACAACUACACGUCCGGCGUCGGCCCCACAUUCGUCGCGGCGCUCGCUUCCCCCUCCCCGUCGCUGAGCGAGCGCUUCGGCGCGGCCGUCGCCGUGAGCGGGGCGAGCGUGCUCGUCGGCGGGCACCGCGGCAAGGCCUACGUCUUCUCCGCCGCGACGGGCGCCCUGCGGCAGACGCUGCUGCCCUCGGGCAACGACGCGACCGCGGAGUCGCGCGGCCUCGCGAGCCGCUUCGGCGAGGCCGUCGCGCUCUCCGGCGACGUCGCCGUCGUCGGCGCGCCCGCGGACGACGCCGUCGGCGUCGACGGCGGCCGGGCCCACGCCUACAAGACGCGCGACGACGGCGCGACCUGGACGGAGCUCACGUCGACGGAGACCCUGGUGCCCCGCUACGGCUUCGCCUACGACUCCGCGGGGAGCGCCGUCGCCGUGCGGUGCUACGGCGCCGACGCGCGGGCGAAGAAGACGUGCCCCGUCGUGCUCGGCGCGCCCCAGGUCUCGGACGACGGGGCUACGGGCCCGGGCUUCGCGGAGACGUUCGUCUCGUACCCGCCGGACCGCUACGUCGCGUCCGUGAGCGUCGACGCCAUGCUCGACCCGCCGGGCCUCGUCUCCGGCGACGACGACCUGACGACGACGGCCGCGCCGUCCGCUGCGCCGUCGCCGGGCCCGACGGCGGCGCCGACCGCGGCGAACGGUACGGCGGCGAACGCGACGGCCGCGGCCCGCCGGCGCCUCUCGACGGAGAGCGUCGACUACGCCGCGGCCUUCAACGCGGACGAGACCAAUGGCGCGACCUUCUGCGCCGCCGUGCGCCUCGCGGCGCCGUCGGCGACGGGCGUCGAGGGCUGCGCGGCCGCGGCGGCGAACGCGGCGUCUGCCACGAACCACCGCGUCCGCGUGACCUACGCGGUCGUCUUCGACACCUUCGCCCUCGACGACGUCGACGUCUUCGUCAACGCGUCGCUGGCCGCCGUGAAGACGGAGGUCGCGGCGUCGAUGGAGAGCGGCGCCUUCGCGGCGUAUUUGGCAUCCGAGGCGGCGUACCGCAACGCGUCCGGCGACGCCGCGGUGCUGGUCCUGGACGUCGACGUCGACCGCUCCGUGGCCAACGUCGACGCGCUCGUCCUCGCGGACGUCGAGCUCUCCGUGGCGACGUUCUCGCCGACGGCGCGGCCGACGGGCGAGGAGGACGACGACGACGCCUUCGACGAGUUCGUCUACGUGAUCUACGGCGCCGUCUUGCUCCUCGCGCUCACGUGCUGCUGCGCCUGCCUGAGCCGCUUCAUGCACACGGGCAGCCGCAAGAGCAUGUACGAGGCGGGCCUCAACGACCGCCGGGAGCGCGGCAUGGUCGCGCGCGUCAUCCAGGUCUCGGAGAAGGCGCGGCAGCACGCGCGCAACGACCAGGAGGAGUACGCGAACUGGCGCCGGCUGUUCCGCUGCGAGGAGGGCGUCGUCUACGAGGGCUUCCAGCCGCUGACCCACGCGCUGCCCGGGCGGCUGAACCUGCCGCGCGAGUGCGACCGCCUCUGCGCGACGCGGCCGCGGUGCCGCGUGUCCAACUUCCUGCCGUCGAACGGCACGGGCGGCGACCGGUGCGUGCUCGCGCGGCACCGCGUCGCCGCGACGGCCGCGGCGCGCGCGCCCGACGGCCGCGCGAGCGUCGCCUGCGCCCUGGUCCCGCCGCCCUUCCUCGGGAGCGAGGCCGAGGUCGCGCGGUCGAAGGCCGUCGUCGCGUCGCGGCGCGUCGCGACGUUCGCCGUCGGCCGCGCGUUCCGGUUCUUCGCCGUCGCGCGCGACGGCGGCUCCUGGCGCCUCUUCGCGCGCGACGGCCGCUGGCCCAACGCGGCGCCCGAGGAGGUGCUCGUGGCCUGGCCGCCGGGCGUCCCGGACCCGCUCGGCGGGUCGCGGACGGACGGCGAGCGGGAGGUGCGCCUCGGCCUCGACCCGUCGGACCGCGAGAUCCGCGUGCCGGGCCACAACUUCGCGCUCCUCGAGUGGACCGACGGCUCCGUGCACGUCUACGGCGGCCGCGCGACGUCCGGCGCCACGGGCGUGCAGCACUUCUCCGCGCCGUCCGUCCGCGCGCUCGCGGACGGCGGCGCGGCGCGCGGCGCGGUCGUCGUGCGCGGCACGCACGGCGGCUGCCUCGAGGGCCGCGCCGCCGUGCUCGUCUGCGAGUGGGACGGCAAAUUGUCCGCGGCCGUCGAGCCCCGGGGCGGCCGCGUCGCGCUCUACGGGCGACUGAACACGGCGAAGCAGCACCGCUGGGUCCAGGUCGCCUUCGCGCCGGCGCCCGCGGGGCCCUUCGGCGCCUUCACGCCCGUGUCCAUCCUCGGCUGGGGGCCCUGCGACGUGCCCUUCGCGUCGGUCUACUACGCGGCCGUGAACGCGAGGGCAGGAAAAGAGAGCGAAAUUCCCAACUUCAAAGGCUCCUAUCUCGGCCGUUUUCCACUCGUGAACGCGAACCCGACGGACGACGCGACGCUGUUGGGCCUCUUCCCCGUGAACCGGGGCGGCAGAUGCGUGCUGGGCCUCGCGGCGACCUGCGACGGCGUCCACUUCGGGGCCCUCGAGGAGCUGCUGGACCUGGGCUGCGAGAUCCAGGGCCGCACGGCCGACUACCCCGUCGACGGCUUCCUCGUCGACGGCGACGCGCUCGCGGUCUUCGUGCACCGCGACAUGCCCACGGAGGACAUCGUCAAGGCCGGCGCCGAGCGGCUCGCGCCGCGCCUCGUCCGCCACGACGUGGCCCUCGACGCCGUCCGGGCCCUCACGCGGCGAGCCAAGGCCGACCUCGCGACGUGCGCGACCGGCGCGGAGUUCGCGCCGCUCCCGGCGGACGCGCCGACGGCCCUCCGCUACCCGCUCUGCGACGACGACGCCGUCAGCGUGCCCUUCUCCAAGCUCAACACGCCCGCGGCCUUCGCCGAGAAGCAGCGCGCGGCCGCGGAGGCGCGCGCGGCGGCGGCCAAGGGCGGGCGAUGA